AUGUCAUUCUCAACAACAACCUCCUAUUCUGGUGGUGUUACAGCAACCAAUAGUAGCAGUAGCACGUCCACCACCACCACCACCUCCCAACAACAACAACCAACUCAUAAAAAUCACCAUUUCAACACAUCCGGAUUUACCACAUCCAUUCCUUCUCAUCAAAAUAACAAAAUUCCAUCUUCGACAUUACCCUCAACACCUCCUCAUCAUCUUCGCAAUUUCCUUCUUUGCUAUCUGUUAUUUAAUGUAUUUUUAAAAUACUAUUACAUUUAUCCUCAUCAUGAAUAUAAUAUGAAUAUAUUAGUACUACAAUGUACUUUUAUAUUUCAGAAAUAUUUGAGAAAUUAUUAUCAUAAUUCCAUUGAGGAUGUUAUACAACAAAACAAAAGUACAAUGAUAUUAUCUAAUGGUCAUGGCGGAGGAGGAGGAGGAUCCAUCAUGUCUUCCACGACUAGUACCUUUCAAAAAUCAAACAAUUCGAGUAUUAAUAAUAAUACCAACAACACAUCAUUGUCGAGUAGUAAUAGUAGUAAUAGUCAUAAUAAUAGUAAUAAUAAUAAUCAUAAUACCAACAAUAUAACCAACACAACAUCACUUCCACCUUCUAGUCCUCAUCACUCACCACAUUCCAUAGGAAAUUCUUCAACUCUUUCAAAUCAAUCUCUCAUUUACAAAUGUAUUGCUAUUUUACAUUUUUUAAUGACUUUGAUUAGCAUCUAUUAUUCGAUAUUCUACAUCUUGUUUCAAUAUGGAAUAUUUCAUUUCAUACUCUAUUUUUUACCGAAUAUCAUAUAUUACACCAUUUAUUUGAAAAUUCAUCGGAGUAAUUCAUCAUCCAAUGAUUCCAAACAAAUUAACACAAAAAUGAAUAGCAAAAUGUUUUUAUUAAUAUUUAUUAACAUGGUUUUGUUACCAUCUAUUGAAACUACUUAUUAUAUUUGGAUUUAUCCAUUAUUAUUUUUACCACCAAUAUCUGAACAUCAAAUUACAUCCACAUUACAUAUUGGAAAUAUCAUCAACACUCAAUAUAUAUUAUUUUUAAUAUUACAUUGUGUGAACAUGUUGGUGUUGCAUUGUUGGAUCUAUUUGGAUAUUCACAUACAUUACAUUUAUUCUCAUAUGAAAUUAAUUGGAUGUUGGAAGAAGGAACAUCGAUCAAAGGAUAAAUUAUUGAGUAGUGCUAGUAAUAGUAGUGGUAAUAGUAGUAAUAGUAGUGGUGGUAGUAGUGCUAGUAGUAGUGGUAGUAAUAGUGGUAGUAAUAGUGGUAAUAGUGCUAGUGGUCAUCAUCCAAUGAAUGGAACUAGUACAACGAGUAUUGAAACAUGGAGAACGGAAAAGUCGUAUUCCUGUAAUCAAUUGGUUCAUUUUAAUAAUUCAAUAUUUCGAUCUCUUGGAAAGAAAUUUAAUAGAAAUAGACCUGAUAACACCUAUGAUUUGAUUUUAUAUAUAGUGUUUUAUCCAUUCAAAUAUCUAUUUUAUAAUAUUAAUAUUUACAGUUACGUGCUCUUGAUCUUAUUGGGUCUCUCAACACUAAUGCUAAUUUCAAUCUUUGCUUACUAUUCUCUCUUCUCUUAUUCAAAUCAAUACUUGAUUUACUUUGUAUUGCUGUUAUGGAAUUAUUACUUGCUUUCAAAGAGUAUUGACAAGACAGUACAAUGCAAUAAACAUUUGAUCAUUAGGAAUGAUUAA